UAGUUAGAACGUUGCCAUGCAACGACUGCCUACAGUUUUCGUGUUCGUCGUGCUGGCUAGCCAAGCCGCACUGGCCUUUACUCCGGUGCGCAAGUGUCCUAGCGGUGUGGACCUGCCGGAAUCGGUUCGAAUCCAGGAUUGUACUUCGUUGCCCUGUUGGUUGCAAAAUGGAGCCAAAAUUGAUGCCAUCGGUGAGGGCAUCGUGAGUCCCGUGACUACCUCCACGAUGACCACCUACAUGACCAUCUUCUUCGCUGGGUUGAGCAUCGAUUUCCCGCCUCCAGAUGGUUGGGACGAUGCCUGCGCCAAGGGAACGGCUCCGGGAACCUGCCCGGUGCAGCAGGGAGAUCGGUUUGAUUAUCAUCUGGAACAUCCGGGCGUUACGUUGCCCUUGGCCGGCGUCAAUGCCAUUAUUGAGGUUGGAAUUCGUGCCGACGACGGAAGCCAUGUCACUUGUCUACAGUUUGAUGCCUUCAUUCACAACUAGAUGGAGCAUCGCAUUGAUUGAAGUGUGUGCUGAGGCUAGUCCACACAUAGGAGACAGUUUGUUCGUCUCACAAGUCACAACACAAAUCGCAUUUGAUGUUGUCUAGCGUGGACUAGGCUUCAGAGUGAGUAAUAGGAGUUUCGUCUUCACAUUUAUGAAUAAAAACAAAAAAAUACCAAUAAACUUGAUGUGGGAACCGAGGUAUGACAACUGUAA